UUCUUAUUGUUUUCAUUUGAGACGUCACUUUUCUAAUCCCGGUAUUUUUUUGUAACAAAUGUGCAACUACGGUUUGAUACAACAUCACGAGAACUAAAAUAUUCUCCAAAUUUCUUAUUGAUGCUGACCGAGCUUUAAACGUUUUAUAAUUUGAUAAGUUAUUUUAGUCAUUUGCGGACGUUAAAACCAAUAAAUUCCAGUGUAACCAUGUCGUUGACAUUUCAAAGUGGCGAUUCAAUUAAGCAGGCACUCUACGACGAGCUGCAGAACAUUUUAAACCCAAACACCGAAGUCAGAGUUGCUGCAGAAGGCAGAAUGAAGCAACUUGAAUACACCGAAGGUUAUGGCGUUUUCCUAUCCGAAAUCAUAAUGAAUCAGUCGUUCGACCUAGCAUUGCGCCAAUUGUCGUCGGUGAUGUUGACACGUUAUGUGGAAGAACAUUGGAGUAAAUGUGAGAGCGAUGCCACAGCUGUAGCAACCGAUCAAGCCAAACGAAUGAUUCGCAGCAUUUUACCGAAUGGAUUGUACGACCCAAACAGUAAAAUCAGAACAUCUGUUGCCUACACAAUAUCCACGAUUGCAGCCAUAGACUGGCCAAAUACGUGGACGGAACUGUUUGACAUUAUUGUCAAGUGUUUGGGUGGCAAUGAGGAUUCCAUACAUGGUGCGAUGCAAGUGUUGAUCGAAUUCACAUACGAUUUGGACAGUCAGAUCGGUGUGGUCGGUCCGAUCAUUAUGUCCGAAGUUUAUCGCAUUUUCGAAGCGGAACAGGUGUACAAUGUCAAGACACGAACGUGUGCCGUUAAGAUUUUCAAAUCGUUGUUCAAGUCCAUCAACGAGCACAUUGACUCGAGGGAGAAACAGGAACAAAUACUGAAUCCCAUUCUGCCUGGCCUUAUCGAAAAGCUGAUUUAUUCGCUAUCCAAUCCGAAUGGGCGACUCAGCAGUUUCACACUAAAAACGGAGAUAAUCAAAGUGUUCGAGUAUUUGGUCAAUGAAAUGCCGAAAUUUUUGCAACAAUUCACCACUCAGAUUCUACCUCCGAUUUGGCAACUGUUAACUCAAACUGCCGAUAUUUAUGUCAAAGUUGUCGUCAACCAAACUGAGCCCAAUCCAUUUCCCGACAACGAUGAUGACGAACUAGCCAAUUUCAACACAAUGAUCCUCCAGAUCAUCGAGUUUAUUCAUUCGCUGGUCGAACGGGGAAAGUUCAAGGCCGCCAUCAAAGUGGUGCUGGCCGAUCUGAUUUACAUAAUGAUUGUUUACAUGCAAAUUACGGAGGAACAAAUCGAACAGUGGUCAGACGACCCCGAACAAUUUGUGAACGACGACUAUCAGGAGGAGGCAAUUGACGGUACGGUACGGACAUCCAGUUACGAUGUGCUGCAAAAUAUUGAGUCGGAAUUCGGUGCCAAAGUUUUGCCCGCAUUCUCUGAAGCAUUGACGCGACAUAUUAAUGUUGCCGAAGCGGAAAAAUCGUCGGGCAGUCCGAAUUGGUGGAAAAUCCAUGAAGCGUCGAUUAUGGCUGUCGGUACUUAUCGCAGUUUGAUUGUGGAACGGGAGGGAAAGUUUGACUUUUCGCAAUAUUUGAACUAUGUCAAAAAUCUGAUGUCGUGUGAUAUAUCGUCGCCGUAUCUGAUGGCAAGAUGCUUGUGGGUAUUGAGCCGAUUCGCUAGUUCGAGCAUGUUUACCAAGGAAAUGCUGGACGUUGUCUUGAAUUCGAUACAGAACAGUUUGGGCGAUGACAAGCCAUUAAACCUGAGAAUCUAUGCGGUGCGUUCGAUUUACGAAUUGUGCGAAAGCUUAAAAGAAUCGAAUGAUGAGAAACGUGCUUUGACUGUGUCGAAACUGACUGUGUUUGUCGAUGGUAUCAUGGCAAUUGUUCCGUUGGGCAAAAGCUCCGUUUUGUCCUUGGUGUUGGAGACGUUGACUCUUCUCGUUUCUUUUGACAGUAACUUUGCUGCAGCCGCCCAAACUAAGGUCAUUUCGUUAACAAUUGCUGUGUUUCUAAAGUAUCACGACGAUCCGUACUUAUUGGAACAUGUUCAAGACAUGCUGAAAAUCCUGUGCCAGAAUCCCUUCUGUCUCCAGCCAUUGCAGGAAAGAAUCGUCCCUACCUUGGUGAGCAUUCUCAAUCUUCAAGGAGAAAUGGCAAACCCGACAAUGCAAGACAUUUCGUUGGACGUCCUUCAAACAAUCGUCAAAUAUUCUACCGCUCCGUUAAGCGAUCAGCUUAUACUGAACGCGUUUCCGGCUGCCGUCCAAUGUAUCCUGCACACCGAUGACCAUUCAAUAAUGCAGAGUGGCGGUGAAUGUUUGCGUGCGUUCAUUUUUGUCGCUCCCGAGCAAGUGUGCAGCUACCGGAAUGGCGAAGGACUUAACUACAUAAUGCAGGUCAUCACGAUGCUACUCAAUCCGAUGAGCACCGAAUUCUCGGCCGUUUUUGUUGGUCGGCUGGUUAUAACAGUUAUAUCGAAGGCAGCGAGCAUGUUGGGUGAAAAUGUCUAUCUCAUACUCAAAGCGGUUAUCAGCAAAAUGCAAUUGGUGGAGUCGUUGAGCGUGGCUAUGAGUCUGAUUUUGACGUUUGCACAUCUGUUCAUUUCGCAAAUGGACGCUCUGCUGAAUUUCCUGAGCACCGUUCCCGGACCGACUGGUGAACCUGCCAUUCAGUACGUCUUCUCACAGUGGCUCUGCCGGCAACAGAUGUUCUACGGAGUAUACGAACGAAAAGUUAGCACUAUGGCGCUGUGUAAACUGUUAGAACACGGAGUGACAACAAAGGAUGUACGACUAACAUCGGUCACAAUUCGUGACAAAGUUGAAGUGACCCAUAAAGGUAGAACGAGAUCAGAGACAUCCACUACGGACGUACAAUGGACAAAUGUGCCGAUUUUGGUGAAAAUCUUUAAGUUGCUCAUCAAUGAACUAGCGUUUUUGAAGGAAACAAAUGCCGUUGACACGGACAGCGAUUCAGAAAGUGAAAGCAACGAAAAAGACACCACAAAUUCAACGAAACUAUCACCCAUAAAAGUUGUGUCCGAUCUGAUGUACAAUGAUGAUAACGGCGACGACAGCAACGAUCAACUAAUGCAAGAACUCAUGCAAGAUCCAGCCUUUGAAAUAAAUAUGGAAGAAAAUUUGACGAAAUUUCUGCAGAAUUUCAGCCGCGAUGAUAACUUCAGUGAGUUUACUCAGCAUCUGACGCCGUUGGAGAAAAUAAUUUUGCAAGGGAUUCAGGUGUCGGUUGCCUAACCAGGACGCUGAACUCAACUGAAAAUUUGAAUUUACUUUAAUAACUGAGACAAUAUAUGAAAAAGCAACUGAAAG